CUACUAUUUCCCAAUAUUAAAAACCCAUUCACUCUUCCAGAAACUACCUAAUUAUCAUCUAAAUAAUUAUCUCAAACCCAUAGCACCAUCACCUACAAACCACCAACCCAAACCAUCCCACCAACCAAACCACCAACCACCAUGACCCGCCCAGCAAUCCUCCACAUCCCCCCCGUCCCAAAAUCCCUCCUACGAGUAGGAAAACUCCACCUCCGCUGCCACAUCAAGCCCAAAACACACACAACACGACAAGGAAUCCUCUCCAUAUCACCCUCCCUCAUCUCCGUCUGCGUCUCAGCCGCAGCACGAGAAGGGGAGGCAAAUGCAGCCGUUCGGGAGGUAUUUAGUAAAGUCAGUUAAGUUAUAUCUCCCUACCCUAUAUAAUUUCAUAAUACGAGUAUAUUGUGAGAUGAGAUGAAAGGAUCUGAAUAUGUGUGUUUGAAUAGAUUUUCCACUGUCCCAAAUCUGACGUGGAGAUAGUAAGGGGCUUGAAAUCAAGGGAGAAAACGAUUGCGAUUUGUGGUGUUGAUGUUGAGGGGGAUGAAGAGAGGUAUAUUUCAGCUCUUUAUAAGAAAUUAGAAGAUACCAUUGUGAAGAAAUAAUUCAGUUGUGGUAUAAAUCAAUGUAAGAUUAUCUCGGAACGCUAAAUUUGUACUUUCA